AUGGAAAAGAUAGAUAUUUCGGCGGCAACUGCUUUGUUUAAAAUUAAAUUAUCUGAGCACUCUGGACUUGUACGGAAUGUUGAAGAAGCAGAAAAUCUCCUUCGACAAUACGAGUUGGCUACCACAACAAAUUUUUGUUGUAACAAGGUCAAAAAAGGAUUUGGCAGUACUGGUACGUAUACUCUUUUGAUUUAAGCUAGCAAAGGUAAUAUAUAGUCGAUUAUUCGCUGGAUUUUAUUUGAAUUUCUGUAGACUUGAUUUGCAAUUUGAUACUGGAUUACAGUAGUUUUUAAGAGGGUCAUAAUAACCCCGCAAAAAUACAUAUCUAAUUACCACUUUUAUAUGCCAUAUAACCAGGGCUCGCCCAUUUUAUUAUAAUGAUGCCUGCAUUUGGAUAUUUUGUUUCGUUAUCAUGCAUGCACACAAUUUAAUUUAAUUUAAUUUAAUUUAAUUUAAUUUAAUUUAAUUUAAUUUAAUUUAAUUUAAUUUAAUUUAAUUUAUAAGUGUCUUUAAAAAUUAAAGAUACUUAUUUUAUACUUUUGAUACUUAUUUGGGCAUACUUACAGUAUUUUUUAAAUUGUGUACAUGCAUGCUAAAAAUAUAAGAAAAUAUACUAGUCCAGAAAAACAAUUUCCAAAAGUUACGUGUUUUCAUCAAUUCAUUCUUGCUAUUAUAAAACUCAACUUAGCAUAAAACCUAAAAAAAGAAAGUUAAAACUGAUAGUGAUUCAAAAUUUGUACUUGUACUUCCACCUGUAUGAUUUCUGUUAUAGUAAUAUCUUAGUUUUUACUUUACAUGUUUCUCUAAUAAUUUAGACCUUACACGUGAUAGUCAUAAGGUCUGGUGGGAAGACGAGCAGCUUCCUUUUGAUCACGAACCUUUCAUCCAAGUAAACCAUAGAGUGUACGACUGUCGUCAUGGGGUGGAUAGACAUUUAAGCCAGAAGAAAAAGAACAAGACGGUAAAUAUAUAGCAGGGCCGAGGAAUACAUGUCCUACAUUUUAAAGGUUUACUGCAAAAAUGUCGGGCGUAUUUCUUUCUGCCCCCUAAUUCCCUCUCCCCCCCUCCCUGUAUGCCUAUUGGUUUUUCCUAUUAAAUUUCUUAUGUUUUUUGUUUUGUGCAUUUAAUUUUUUCCAUGAUCCUUAGUACUGGAUAUUUAAUUGUUAAAUCAUUUCUAUUGGUGAAUAUUAAAGGGUUAUUGACCGAGCGUGAGGUCUGCAGUACUGUGAAAUAUCAGACCGAGGUUUUUUAGUAUGGACCGAGCAACGAAGUCCAUGCAAAAAACAGAGGUCUGAUAUUUCACAGUACAGACCGAAUAAGCGAGGUCAAUAAUCAGUUUAUUAUAUGGCUGAAAUAAGUCUGUGAGCAUAUGCUUUUCGCGCGAAUUAAAUCGGCUAUCGUCAGUUUUACUGGGUAACAAUAUACGGUAGGCAUGCAUGCUCAAUCAAAAACAAUUUGGUUGUUUGAAAUUUUUAUCUGUAACGCACAAUUGGAAAUUUAAAAAGCAAAAAAUUUUUCUGUUUGCAAAGCAAAAAUUUCCCGCCAGAUAAACGACAUCCGGGACACCGGUCCAGAUACGGAAAAUACCGACCACGGUCCGGAAAUGGGUUUUUACGGACCGCUUGUCAACCAAUCAGAAUAGAGAAUUUUGAAAAGCCAUAUAAUAAACAGUACUUAUUAAAUAGGUGAUAUGACCCUUACUUUCUCAUACGAAUAUGAUUUCUUGCAGUCAAAUCCUAGUGACCACUCGUUUAAAAAGCACCGAAAUAUGGUUCAAGGAACAAGAAAAUUAAAUUGUCCAGCGCAGAUACACAUGAGGGAAUACAUUAAAUUCCCAGAGUUUAAGGUACAGUACGGUUAUAAAUAGACUAUUACAAUGCUGUAUCUAUAUAGAAAUGUGUUAGAUAUGUGCAAAAAUGUCUUGUGCUCUAUAAUAAAUGGUAUUAUGUAUUAUGAUAGUAUGUAUGAUACACAUAAUAAAUGGCAUUAUGUAUGAACUUAUUAAUAUGAACAAAAUUAGAUGACGCUAAUUCGAGUGGCACCACAGUAUAUGGUAUAUGGUAUAUGACAAAUAAAAGGUCACGGCCGCAUAUAAUUCCCGUAGCUGUCAAGGAAGCAUUUUCCAGCAAGGUGUGUGGGCAAGCGCAGUAGCAUCAUCUAACAUAAUUUAAACGUCUGUCUCGAGUGCUAAUCCCACAAUCAUUGACUUGGGAGUAUGUCUUAUUAUUUUCAACUCUAUUAUGUAUUUUUGCUUAUGGAAACUUAUAUGGUUUUUUAGAUCGCGCAGAAAACGGAAUGGCGACAAAAAACGAUGUCAAAAAGACUGAGAGAGUGUAUAAAAAAAGGUGGAAGUGGAGAACGGUGGAUCCAUAUCCAGCUACCGAAUCUUUCUGAGCACAACACUCAUCCAAUUGGAAGUGUAAGGAUUUGAAAUUGUUUGCAGUCAUUUAUACAGUUGGUAUUUUAGACUCAAUAUAUAGUAGUAAAUUGCUUUAACAUCUAUAACGUAUGUCGCAUCACUAAUUAUAGGCUGGCGGUCUUCAUCAAGGAAUUGAUAAGAUGCUAGUCACCAAGAUCCAAGAGUUGGUAGUUGCUGGGGCUCGUUCAGUUAAAGAAGUGAGGAGGCAUCUGAAGAUUUAUGUUGAACAAGACCUCUACAAAGGAACAAAAGCGCCCCCCAAAUCCAAUCAGAGAUUUUACCCAUCCAAAACGACCAUACGUAGCCAUAUUUACAAGGCAGUCAUUAAAGAACGAUUUUCAAAGUUUGAUCAGGAAAAUCUUCAAAAGAAAAUUGAAUGCUGGAAGUUGAAAUGUCCUGACGAAAUGUUUUUCUUUCGUCCGCUUGUGAAGUAUUCAGAAGAGUCGUCAUCCGUCCACGAUAAUAAAGAACAAAGUAAUGAUGAUGAUGACGAAGAUGAUGAUGACGACGUUGAUGAU